AUGGGAUUCUCAACUAAGUCAGAAGCUCCGAGUGCACGAUGUCUCACCAGAAGUUGGAUCAUACACUCAGAAGUCCAAACCCAACACAAGAAGCUAAGUUCAGAAGUUCCAGCAAAAGUCUCCUUGCAAGUGGUGGAAUCCAAAGAUGGGAAGACUCAUAGCCAACCUACCAGGACUUAUUGUAUCCCAGCUCAAGAGAAGAGUUUCACAAUCACAAAUUUCAUUUUAUUGACCAACCAUAUGGGUUGGUGGUGGUUGGGAAGUUCUCAUUAA